AUGUAUCAACCAGAUAGAGGUUGCCUGGUAUGUUGGGCUAUUCUGUUUUCACCUGUGGCUGUUGGAAUUUUACUAGGAUGUGGUUCUGAAUUAUGGAUUAAUAUUUGUCUUUCUGUCUUUUUCAUAUUACCAGGAAUGAUUCAUGCUUUAAUUCUUAUAUAUACUGUAGAUCCAUACAGAUGUAGAUAUCAGUUUGUUGGUGGAGGUGCUGUUGUUGCUUCUCCAGUUGUUGGACAUCCUGUAGUAGCAUCACCUGUUGUAGCAACACCUAUGAUGGCACCUCCACAAAUGGUAACGCCUGUUGUAGCAGGACCGCCAGUAUAUGGAUAUUAUUAA